CGUUUGCACCCUCCCUCCUCACAACCCCAGCAGAAAACUUCUCACUCAACAGCAUACCCUAAACAAUGCUGCACCAUUUCAACAUGAACAUUUUGUUCACGUUCCUUUUAGCUGUCGCCACAGCAUGUUUCUACGUCCCUGAGUUAAAACAACGAGGUUCGAUCAUAAUAGCAUCAUGCAUGGCCAUGGCAAUGCUGUACCACUUUUUAAUGAAGCGACCCUGCAAAGUUUACUUGGUGGACUUUGCAUGCUUCAAGCCAAGCGUGGCGUGCCUUUGCUCCAAGGAAACGUUGCUGGACAGAGCCAAGCGCGUGGGGUUUCUCUCCGACGAAAACUACAAGCUCGUGACCAAGAUUCUCGACAGGUCUGGCUUGGGACCGUGGACCUAUGUUCCAGAGGGGCUGUUGGCGAUUCCGCCAAAGCUAACUUUGGACGAGGCAAGGAAGGAAACCGACACGGUGCUCUUCGGAGCUGUUGAUGAGCUUUUGGAGAAAACUGGGAUUGAAGCGAAGGACAUAGGGAUACUUGUCGUGAAUUGUUGCUUGUUCAAUCCCACACCGUCCUUGUCUGACUCCAUUAUUAAUCGGUACAAGCUUCGAGGGAACAUUCUGGCGUAUAAUCUCAGUGGCAUGGGGUGCAGUGCAGGGGUUCUUGCUGUUGACUUUGCCAAACAGCUCCUUCAGGUUCUCGCUUAUCAUUCAUGCUCAUUGAUUUUCAUGUCUUGUGUUAGAUAUGUUGCAGAUUUUGUUCCAUAUGUAGAUAAUAAUAAUUAA